GGGCAGAAGUCAAUCGGAUGUUGAGACUGUUGGGAGCUGUAUCAUCAUCAUCUUCUCUGUCUCCACAAGGAUCGGUUAUCGUAGAACCGAAAACAUAUUAUGUCGCUUGCUGUCAAAUUGCGAAUACCAAACCGCGUUCAGCCAGAUGUGAUUCCGUUCUUUGGCUCGGUGGGCGUCUACACCAACAAGAUGCACUACAUGCGGCAGCAGCUGCUCGAGGAGCUGCCCUCGAAGCCGUUCGCCCUGGACUUUAUGCAGCCCGUCGACUCGGAUGCCCUGAAGGUGCCCACCUACUACACGAUUAUACAGUGGCCCAUGGACUUGGGCACGAUUAUGAAGCGUCUGCAGAAUCUCUAUUAUCAGAGUGUCGAAGAUUUGAUUAGCGACUUUCGGCUAAUCUUACGAAAUUGCUAUACAUUCAAUCGACCCGGCGAUAUUGUCUAUCGCAAUGGCCAGAAGCUGGAGCGAUUCUUUUUGCGUAUCCUAAAGAAUAUGCCCGAAGGCCCCGAGAUGCCCUUGAACCGCGAUCCCCGUGCGCCCUGCAGCCCGCCCAACAGUCAGAGGACCACAGCGUUCAUCGAGCGCAAGUGCCGCGAGCAGCUGAAGAAGCUGCAGGCCUCCAAUGCCGAGCACUCGGAUGCCGAUUUUCGCGACUUGCUCAAGGAGAAGCUGAGCGGGGUGUCGAAGCAGCUGAGCAAGCACCAGUUCAAGAUUCACGAGGACUUCAAAUUGGAGCUGGACAUCAUGCUGCUGAAGUCGUGCAAGCGGGCAAAGGGCGUAUUCGAAGGCAUAUACCAGCAGUCGCUGGACAGCGUCGGCCAACUCACGCAUCAGAAGGAACUCAGCCAGCUCUUCUUCCUCCUGCAAAAGAACGACGAUUGCGCGCGACUGGAGCAAAAGCCGCAGACCAUCAAAUGGGAGGACAGUCUGGUGGAUUGUCUGGAUACGACGGUGAAGAGAUUUAAGGACAAGCUGGAAGCUUGCCGCUUGGAGGAGGAGGAGGAGGAGGCGGAACAGGCAAGGCUCAAGAAAUUGAGGGCGGCCGAACGCGAGAAGAAACGCGCCAAGAGCAAGCGGUCCUACUCCACGAUCAACGAUAAGCAAUUGAGCUACGUCAGCGAAGCCGAACGUCGCACCAUCCAGCAGCAGUUCCUGAUGCUGCCGACGAGCACUAAGAUAGAAAUAAUGCGCACCAUUGCCCAGAGGGAGAAUAUAUCCGUCGAGACAACGAACCUGGAAUGGUUCGAUAUCAAAAACUUCAGCUCCAUCACUGUGAACAUGAUGAAGAAGGCCAUGUAUCCGCACACCAAGCUCAACUUGCGCAACAUGAAGCCCGCCGAGAAGGAGAAUCUGCAGCGCUGCCUCGAGAACCGUCUGCAGAACAUCAACCAGGUGCUCAAUCGCAGUCGACGCAAGUACACACAGCGACUGCAGGCCCGCUCCACUGCCCCGGCCCGGAAACGGGCGCGCAUCUCCACCAACUCUCAAUUCGACGUGCACAACUAUUGA